AUGAGAGGCACUCGACAGGCUUCUCCUCACACACCUCGUCCCUUCAAACAUCAGGUUCCGAACCACGGCAUCAGGUGUGCAGGUACGCGCCGCCUAUCUCUUCCCAACAGUCAGGCCGAGUGGAAGAGACUAGUCAAGACAACCUACAUCGGCCAGGACGGCGUCACCCGGACAUGGGAACACGCGGAGCGGACCACUCGUCCCGAGGGUAGUGCCUUUGACGGUGUAAGCGUUGUUGCCAUUCUGGAAAAGGACACUGGCCGCGAGAUUCUUCUCGAGAAGCAAUAUCGUCCACCUCUUGAUAAGAUCUGCAUAGAACUUCCUGCUGGCUUGGUUGAUACAGGGGAAACAGCCGAACAGGCUGCUGUCCGGGAGCUCAAGGAAGAGACAGGCUAUGUUGCGCAAGCUUUGACGACGUCGCCGAUCAUGUUUAACGGUAUGUAA